AUGGAAGAGCGUGCAAAGAGCAGGAUUCGGACGACUGUUGUGAACAUUCGUCCGGUUGAGGCGAGGAGGCCGGACGACCCGGCACGACCUGUCAGCAGACCGGUCUCGGAGCCACGACCGCUCGACGUCGGGCUAAAAGAGCGUGGACUCCAUCGCUUUGCGGCACACGCUGCAGCGGCCGAUGCGCUCGAUCACGUUGUUCUCCGACUUGUAGACGACGCCCUCGGGCUUCACGAACUGUCGCCACUCCUGCACCGCAGUCAUCCAGUACGACUUGCCGUCCUGCCAGUGGUAGCAGUGACCGUCGUGGUUGUUGCACUCGAUGAACGGCAGCGCCCGGAAGUGUUGCAGACAACUGCCGGGCGAUUCGAGCGGUUGAGUUCCUCCCGACGAGGACGGAUUGACGGUCUGAAGCAAAGGGAACAGACCGAAUGGUCAGCCAAUAGCCUGCCGCGUCAGGCCUCAACUGCCGGCCCUAGUUGCCGAGGCUGA